GGUUACUGCGUCUUGUUUUGAGGUGUAUUGUACUCAUUAAUCCAGGUAUUAAUUUCCCGUUACUCAUUUCUUCGUAAAAGAGUCAUUGUCCUUAUCUGUGAGUGGCACAGGUCAAAUCUGCCAUCGAACCUGCACCCUAAGAACGUAUUGCGAUUCCUUAGGCUCAGAACCGGCUUCCGCAUGACGUGUCCGCGUGCGACUAAUGGGCUCUCGGCGUGCCAGUAACGUUCCUCGCGCCGCGCCAACAGGUGCUCCGAUACGUACUCCCAGUGUUUUCUGCUGUCCUGGUACUCUGAUAUUUUUGCCGCAACAAUAAUAUCGACUUUUCUGACUUAAGUGUUUGUGUCUUUAGUGAUUUUAUUGCCAACAUUCCCAUUAAACAUCUUGGAUCUUAUAUUUCUUCAAGGAUACGACACGCCUCACCUUCUGCCUUAGCCUGUGGUUAUCACUGCCAACUAUUCCGCCCUAGGGAACGCUUAAUGCAGCCAUGCUAGACAAGAUCAACACUAGUUAUAAGAACCACGCUCAAGCUCGUAGAAAGAUUGAAAACCGCUGGCGUACGUGACAUCUGAAAACUAUGAGCCAGUCUCAAGACGAUGGCCGAGCGGCCAGGGUGGCCAAGUAUAAAGAGGAGAGAAGAAAGCAGCUUAUGGCUAGGACAGCGACGUUGUUUUCGUCUAACGUCACUGAUAGGCGAGGCCGCAAAGCUGUGGAACGCACCUCUCCAGUGGACACCGUCGCCGAUCUAAAGUCUUCGUCCGAGCUCAACCUCAACACCGCUUCAACGUCAGUGCCUAUUAGGACUACACGAACUUCUAGACUAAGAGCUGCUGCUGCCAACCACUCGGAUUCAUCUCUUGCCCUUAGAAAAUCAAACAUAAGCUCUUCAGUUCAGUCUUUAGAAGAUGAUAAGACCUAUAAACCCAAAAGCUCCAAGGUCUUAGAUAGGGAUAAGACAAAGUCGGUCACAAAUCGAAAACAAAGUCAUGAGAAAGAAAAUCUGAAGAGUGUGUCGACGACGUGCUUCCCUGAAAAGGAGUAUGGUGCUAUUAGAUCGAAACCUAAACAUUCCAUUAAUAAAAACAUUUUAGAAAAAGACAAAACUAAUUUUUUAGUUAGUACUAAGGGGAAAGUCGACGAGAAGUCAAGUUCCAAAUUAGACGUAAUAAAGCUGACAAAUUCUCCGAAGAUAGCUAACAGUGUGAAGGAGGAGGAAAGGCCUUUGAUAUCAGAUAGUAGUGAAGAGUUGUUCAAUGAGAUUUUAGGAGACAAAUGUAAUUCUGGUAGUUUAGAGACUGAGACAUUUGAAGAUUUGUUUAAGGAUGUGGUUGCUGAUAGCGAUUUCUUAAAAAAUUACGUUCCAAUUGAGACUGUUCCUGACAACGUAAAGCUCAAUCAUAGUCACAAAGAUUACAUUCCCGAUGAAGAUGUAGAUGUUAACAAAGUUAUUGUGAAAAAUAGUGAAGUGCCAAAAGUUGUGAAGAGCGAAGAAGGGAGUGGGUUACUAGGGGUCGUGUGCGUGCCUAAAGUGGAGAGGUUCAGUGAAUUGCUCAGUAACCUUUGUUCUCCGCGUGAAGCUGAUAUUUUGUUUGAAGAUGUCCUCGCCGAGAUUAGACAGAUCGAUGAUGCGGGCAAAGUGGCUCCAGAAUGUACGGAACCGUGCCGUCGUGCGCAGCCCUCACCGCGUACCACCUGCACGCCAAAACGCGCCAUCCCCCAAUUAUCUGAUGAUGGAGGUGGUGCCAAGUCAAGAACUCGUCGCACCCUCGAAACACACUCCAAGACUGAAAACUCACUGCCGUCUUCCAGAGUUUCUCCUAAAACUAAUAUUACUUUACCUUUCGGAAUUAAAUCAUCUCCUAAGUCUUCAACUCCAUCUUCUUCUUCUCAUAAGGUCAAUGAGAUUCGACGAAGUUCAGAAAGCGGCACGAAGCCAAGCCACAUACCUCUGUCAAAAAGAUCAACGGAAAAACUUAAUCGGACUUCAUCAUCGCCUGUUAAGCAGGACUUAACAAGAGAUUCAACAAAAGAGACAUCUAAACUAGACAGGACGCCUAGAGGUAGAACUUUACGCAGAAGUCCAGAAAAAGCGAAAAGUGAUACCGAAAAUAAUCGUAUCGACAGAAGACAUCGAGCUCAAAAGGAUAGUGAAAAUCUUAGCGAAAAAUAUCAUUAUUCAAAGAAAAGACUGACUAGUUUAGAAAAUAAUUCUCCUAGAGACACAAGUGAUGCUAAGAGAAUAUCAUCCAAACUAUUUAACAAUUCUAAAUCCGAUGCCAAGACAAGUGUGAGUGAUUCUAAAGAUACCAAGAUGUCUACUCUUCACGAAACUGUAAGACCACACAGUUCGAAACUUUCGCAGGAGAUGGACAGUUUAGCUGCGUUGACUCAACAGACAUUAGAUAGAGUUAACAAAUUGUCGAAUAACUUAACUAGUAAUAAGGUAAAUUUAGAGUCAACUGAGCCUAUAUAUGGUUCUCUAUUUUCAUCGCAUUCAGAACAAAAUAAUAACAAUAAUAACCACACAUACAAUUACGGUCUUAGUAAUGAAAGACCGUUGUCCAACCGGGGAAUGCACGAGAGAUUGAGAGAUAUAGAUACAGCAGCUCAGAGACUGAUCGAGUUUGAAAAGCAAAGUGCAAUGUUUUCUGAUCUCAGUAAUGAUUUGUCUAGUCAAAAUCGCCGGCCUGAUACUUCAUCAACCUCUAGUAAUCACAUACCUGUAUCAAUAUUGAAAAGAAAGUCAAUUCAUGAAGACAGUGCUAUAGCUAAUCCUCCAAAUCAUGCCAUUGCUUCUCCACCUGUUACAUUUUCACCGAAUGUCGUGGAUCCCAGCAGCUACCGAUCAGACAGACAGCGACAAGGAAUCCUUAAAAAACGUCGAAGCCUAGAUGAAUCACAGGUUGCUAGAAGAAGGUCUUGCAGCCCAGAAGUAUCGUUCGCUGAUGAUGGUUCUUCAGAUACAAACAAACCUAUAUUGAAAAACAGAAGAUCUUCACUAGAAGAUGUAGUUAGGAACAGAUCACCUGACGGUCAAAUUCAAGGCAUCCUCAAAAGAAAAAUGAGCAAAGAAGAAGAUCACGCUAACGACGAUCUAUCGCACAGUUCACCAGAGCCUCAUGGAAUUUUAAAAAGAAAAUCCAAUUCUAGUUCAAGUAGUAGCACUACUUCUUCCCACGUAUCUAUUGCUCAAGCUGUUUUACUUGCAGCCGCAGGUGGCGCAGAAAUUGUGGAAGAAGAUAAAGAAGCAGUGAGACCAAUAUUAAAGAAAAAAAGUUUUUCCGAAGAGCGGCCAUGUCUUGAAAUCUUAUCAUCAGAUACACCAAAACCGAUAUUAAAAAAGAAAUCGAUAGAACAUGAUGAACAUGACUUCGAUCUUCCUAAGAAGCCCAUCCUAAAAUCUUCGAAAAAAUUAUCCGGUGACGACGGACAUGCUUCUAGUUUCGAUUUGAGCGAAGACGACAGAAGCUCACGACGAUCAUCGCUACUUAGGUCGCGGACAUCUGACCAUUCUGGAUCGGAAUGCGAAGCGACAGUUAGGCCAAUCCUAAAGCAAAGAGGAUCCAGUCUUACUAGGGAACGUAGCCAAUCGCCGCGCCCACGACUCUCGUUUUGCGCGGACAACGAUGUGAACAUUAGUGUGACGAAUUUCAGUAGUGAUACGAACGACUUGUCGGCAGCUGGUCUGCGACGAGUCCUAAAUCUCGCGGCGGAUAUUGAAGAAAAUGUUCCAAGUGUAGUUGUCCGACGCAGAAAUCAGCGAACGAAUUCGAAUCCGCGAUCGAAGAGUCUAGCGUGCGAUGUAAACAGUGAAUUACUUUCGAUAUUGAAUAAUCGAAGAUUAAAAGUGGAUGAAAAUUGUAAAAACGGCCAUUGUGAGCCCUGGGAACGUGUAAACCCGGGCGAACCCGAAAAAAAUAGCGCUCCAAAGGCAUUUCCAUCAAUUGCAGCUAGAAUAAAAACUAUGGAGCAGGCUCUUACUAAAGAAACGAGUGCCAAUAAGCAGCCUUCGGCUUCUAGAUUUCGAAAUCGUGAUAAGGAGCGCUACAAAACCCAACCUAUCACAAUAGAUGAAAUGAGAUCUGCUACAUUCGGUUUGGAGCCGGGCCAAGCGAGUUUUCAAGCGUUCGGCACCGCCGCCUGUAGUUUUCCGACCCGACCCAUCGAGUUCGGUGCUGCUGCUGCUACGAGCACUGCCCCAUACGAGGGAGAACAAGAAAAAGAUCCUUACACAGACUUCGCCAAGACCUUGGACUCACCACCAUUCGGAAGCAACAAUUGCAGUGCCAAACCGCCGGUUGAGAACGGUCUCGACGGUGUGUGUGCCAAGGACGACAGUUUCGGCGAGGCAACAUUUCUAGAUUUUGAAAACAUCAAUGUUAGCACUGAAAGGAAGCAGUCAACAUUGGAUGAAAUUGAGCAGGAAGUGAAUAAAGUACGAGUGGCAUUGGAUGAGGACAGUCGUGCCCUCGAAGAAGACGAGAGGCAACAGGCUGAAGCAGAUAACUGGAGUCUAAACGUCUCUUGUGAUAGCGGUGUCUACAACCGCGCAUCGUCCAGAGACUCUGGACCACAUUCUGGUGAAGAACUAGGCCUGAUAGAGAGUAACGAGAUACGUGAAAACCACGCAACAAACAGUAGUAGCAACGAGUGGUCAUCUUCUUCCAUCGAACGAGGUCUCUUAACCAUGGAUCGCGCAAGGAAGUCUACGGAAACCGAGGUUGUGAGACCUGAAGACCCACCGAGCGACGAUGAGGGAAACAAUCAGACUGGCUUUGCGCUUGGCCUGGUGAAGAGCAACAGUGUGGUCGCUAGAGCUAGUAUGUGGCAACAGCUGCAACAACAAGCAAAAGGCACACCAAAAUCGUUGGUGCGCCACAGUCGCUUCAAAAACAAGGAUGGGCAAUCAGUCGCGGACCGUUUCAAAACUCAGCCUAUCUCCUUCAACACCGUCAACGACUCCAAACCAACAGAAGAGAGCUUCGCUCUCAUUCAGUCAAAGAGCACUGCUAAUGUGUUAGACAGAGACGAGGAUGCUAAGUUAGAUGAAGACGAUCCAGCAAAGAUGUCGUUGAUGGACAAAAUGAAGAUGUUCAACUCAAAAUUAACACACAAGCCGCCAGUUGCUGGACUGCCGAGGCCUAAAGAAGAUAGAACCCAAAGAACAAGAUUGAAAACGAUGCCCGUAUUAGGCAGUCAAGUACAAGAGGCGUUGGAACAGAACGAGAGACUUACCAAGUCGUUGACCAACGACGUGCCACGGAAUCCCGAUUUUCAACUGAAAAUGGAACUGUUCCGAUCGGCCAGUGCGAAAAACACAUCGUUAGAGUAUAUCAUGAGGCAGAACUCAAAGUUUAGAAGCUUAGAUUACGACGACGACUCGCCGUCGGAGCGGGCUCAACGAAUGAUCACGCCUGAAGUACGCGGUAUUUUAAAAUCUGGGAGCACUGUCGUGCCAGCCAAGCCCAAAUCUUUAGCUAAGGGAGAGAGCUCAGAGGGUUUAAAAGAUGAAGGCAUUGACAGUUCAUCCGAUGACGAAUCGGCAUCGGCCUCCAGCGUCUCUUCAUCAGAGAAAAGCUGUUCAUCAUCAGACAGUUCUGAGGAGAUACCAGGUCCGAAAACUAGACGCUUUCAACGGAAGAAUAACAAACUCAAAAACUCCAGAACAGAAUCUGAUAUCACAAGACUUCAAGAACCUGUAAGAGUUGAAGCAAGAAAUGAUGCUAGAAAGUUUCGGUUACCAGGAGCGAAUGAAUUGAAGGAGCGGCUCAACCAAGCAAAGAACGCUGAAGUAAAAACUCCAUUACUCGGUAAACUCGCUCGAAGACCAACCGAAACUGAUAAAAUUGAUGACGAUACCAACCGAUACCGGAGAUUUGCGAAGAAAAUCGACGAGCCUGUUCAACUAGGGAAAUUAAGACGACCGAGUGAAAAAGUCGUCAAUCAAACUGUGGAAGAUAAGCCGCCACCAUUUUUGAAAAUAUCCGCAUUAAAUCAGGAGGCUAAGAAUAAAUUCUUUGGCUUUGAACCGAAGAAAGAGAGGAGUAUUGAAGAACUUACCGCUGCUGUUAGGAAGUAUAUUCCACCUAUGAGCAAAUCGCUGACGACGCACACGAUGGAGCCGGGCUCGGUGGGAUCGCACGGUUCGGGCAGCGACGGCGAAAGUAGUGGAGGACGCGAAGUGCGGCACAUUAACACUAGAAUGCGACACAGGCUGGGCGGCGGCGUGCAGCGCAGCGCCACGCAGGCCGACAUGCCACACCGAGGAGGCACCAUCGCCGAAAGGCUGGCAGCUCUCCAGGCAGCCGGCGCGAACGACUGGCGUGCGAGGGUCUGCCGCCUUAGUCCUGACAAGGAGGAUUCCAAGGCUAUCGAGCGAGUCAAGAACAAAAUCAACGAGUCUCUUAAUACUGUCGAAGAGGACAAGAAAAAAGUGGUUAUAGAAGAGACCGAGCUCGGACCUAACAUCCUCGCUGACAGAAGGAACAAACUUGAAACUGCAGCUCAGGGAUGGCGAAAACGAGUACCCCAAAGCGACGCAGCUCUCUUCACAGUGGCGGGCCGCCUCGAGCGCGACAAGGUGAACAUCACACCGCCACUCACGCCGCCGCCGGUCGUCACCCCUCAAACACCACAAACGCCGAUCGGCACGCCUACAGCGCCAUCCGCGCCUGCUACUCCGGGUAUCCCUGCACCCAACAAGUUCAGAUCUCGCAAACAAAACUCCCCUACGAACGGGUUUGCAUCAGGACCACUUCGAUCUGCGUCGUGCGCAGUGGUAAGCCAGUCGACAACAGAAAUCAAACCCAAAGAGGCCGCACGCCCCGACAGGGAGUCGUUCAAACGCAGCCAUUCCGUCAGCGAGAGCAUCAGUCGACUGGAAGAGGAUGAAGAGAUUUCGCCAGGUCCUGAAAAGACGGGUUGUACAGUGCGGGUGCCUCGGGCCGACGACGAAACUUUCCAGGCAUUCUUUGCCCCUGUACUGCAGCAAGAAAAACCAGCUGCUGACGUGGAUGUAGAUCUGGAUGCUAUCGACAGCGGUUCUAGGCAGUUAUUGGCUAGCGAGUGGGCUCGACGAGCGAAGCGUGAGCGUAGACACGCGGCGUCGCGCAACCCUCUCAAGGCGCUUGCGGCCAGAACCGACCUUAGAGAAGAAUAUGUAGCUCCGCCUUCCACGCUGCGUGACCAACUCAUUAAGGAGAAAGCGACUGCGAAUUGCGGCCUGGCAGCGGAAGCCCUCGCGGCGCUGGCCAGCAAAGAGGACUUCGCGAAUGUGGCGCUACGCAGCGCUUCCAACUCUUCCGUGCCCAGCCAAGGGACCAAAUCGCUAAUGCUAUUGCAGGUCAAAGGGCGCAGACGUGUGCAGACGAGGCUAGUGAAGCCAGUGCACACAAACGUGAACCGCGGCGACUGCUUCAUCUUAGUGACACCUGAUAACGUGUUUCUCUACAUAGGACAAUAUGCUAACGUUAUUGAAAGGAAUCGCAGCACAGACAUCGCGAACCACGUUCAUAACACAAAGGACCUUGGGUGUAAAAACUCCUCCAUGGUCAUUCAGAUCGACGAACAAAACAAGAAGUACUCGAACAAGCACUGGAACCAAUUCUGGUCCCUCAUCGGCGUCACCGACGACAUUGAAGACUACAAACCGGCUGAAACAGGACAUCCAGACGAAGACGAGAUAUAUGAAUCUUGUAUUGUUCAAACAAAUAUGUGCUAUGAAGUCUUCGAUGAUGAACUCGUCCCUAUAAAAGAAUAUUGGGGACAAAUACCAAAGAUUUCCAUGCUACACCAGUCGAAGACUAUAGUUUUUGAUUUUGGAUCUGAAAUGUACAUUUGGUAUGGAAAAAACGUUCCUUUGGAGAGUCGAAGACGCGCCGCGCAAUUGGCCCAAGAGCUUUUCGAUGAAGGGUACAAUUACGAGGAGUGUCAUAUCAAUCCGCUGAAUGUGGCGGGAUAUCAAGGUGCUAGGGAACAGUCCGAAGCGCCUUCCAAAGCGUCCAAAAGUAGACCUGAUUGGGCUAUUUUCUCGAAAGUCAGUCAGCACAUGGAAACAAUCCUAUUCAAAGAGAAAUUCCUAGACUGGCCUGACUAUAGCCGAAUCAUCAAGAUCAAACCACAGGAGAAUAAGUCGAAUAGUAUGGAAAUAACUCCCUGCGAUGCUGAAGAAAUGUGGUCAAAUGAGUACCAGGAUCCAGAUCUCAUUUUAGAAGGGUCCCAUCUCGGUCGCGGCACGAGUUAUUACGACAAAGAAAGCGGGAGACAUUACAAUAUUUCCACUCAAUCAGUUGCAAAGUGGAUCAUACAGGAGUACGAUUAUCAGAAGGUCGAAGAUAAUGCAGAGAUACCCGAAUUCUUUUCAGGUGAUAGCUACAUUAUCAGAUGGGAAUAUCUGAUCACUGUCUCAGGCCGAGAAUUGAACGGUAAACCGUCUAAACACAACGUGACGGGUCGUGAUCGUUGUGCCUACUUCUGCUGGCAGGGUAAAGAUGCCUCUUCGAACGAAAAAGGCGCUGCGGCUUUACUCACUGUCGAGUUAGACAAAGAAAAGGGACCCCAAGUGCGAGUAGCUCAAGGCAACGAGCCGCCAGCUUUCUUUAACAUCUUCCAAGGAAACCUACUCAUCCACCAAGGCAAAAAAGGCACAGACAAAAGCCGAUACAGGUUAUUCGUUACUCGGGGCAAUUUGUCUAACGAAGCAUAUCUACUCCAGGUCCCUUGUUCAGUACGGCAACUACGCAGCCGUGGGUCUCUAUUACUGGUUGAUACAGAAAAGGGAUGCCUGUACAUCUGGCAUGGAGCCCGAAGCUUGAAGCAUACAAAGAACAUCGCUAUAGAACUAGCGAAUAAACUUAUUGCAAGAAAAUCGAGCUAUUUAUUCCGUAGUAACGUGUCAGAUAUAAAGAUAACUGAAGUGAAAGAAGGAGAAGAGCCCAAGGAAGUUUUGGAAGCUUUAGGUUGUGCAAAUAAGCAGUACUACAACGCUGUGUUAAACGGUGGGAAGGAAGGAGCUGAUGUGACGCCGAGGUUGUACCAUUUCACGGAUCUGGGCGGUCAGUUUGAGGCUCAUGAGGUGCUAUCACCGCUAAGACAUGAACAUUUAGUAACACCUUUUCCAUUUGAACAAAAGGAGUUGUAUUCCGCUUCGCAGCCUGCCCUGUUUCUGCUAGACGACGGCUUGAACGUGUGGCUGUGGCAGGGCUGGUGGCCGCGUGGUGUCGACGGGGAGCUCGAGCCAGCAGAGCGAAAUACCGGAGUGGGAGCCUUCGCCAUGCGGUGGCAGGCUUUACGCGCGGCCGCUUUACGCACCGCCGAGGCGUACUGGAAGGCGUCGCGCGACUCGCGGCCGGACGUUCGCGUCGUCGCCGCGGGGCUGGAGCCGCAGGCCUUCACGGACCUCUUCGACACCUGGACGGAGCACGACGAGGCCGCCGAAGCUAACAUUGCGCACGGGUACAAAUCGGGUGAGGUGCUGUCGGGCGCGUGCGAACUAUCGCGGCUGACGUCGUGUGCCGCCGUGUUGCCGCUGGCCGCGCUACAACGCCGCCCCCUGCCCGACCAUGUCGACCCACACCACUUGGAGAGACAUCUGUCUUCUCCUGAUUUCCUGGAGGCUUUCGGCAUGACCAAAGAAGACUUCUCAGGACUUCCCGCCUGGAAGCAGACCAACCUGAAAAAAGACGUGGGCCUCUUUUGACCCUCCGGCCUCCGCCAUCAUGAACUGAUAUAUUUCGCCCCCGCGCACCGCAUAGGGUUCGCGGGUUAAAAUGAUACUUAAAAAAGCCGCUCGCUAAGAGCAGCUUCUUAUACUCCGAAUAGAAUAGAAGAAUAGAAAAUUUUGUACGACCGCAGCUAUUUCAUACUUUUUUACGGAAAAACGUUGAAGGAUUUGAUACAAUUAAAUGUUUAAGAGCACGCUUUAAAUCUAUUGUGUAAUCAACGGAAUGUAAACUAUGUAUUCGAUUUCGUGAUAUUUUCAUGUAACCGCGUAUACCAUAUACCAGUAGGAGUUCAUGGGAUUGUACUUUGGAAUUGUUUACGGAAAUGCUAAUUCGUUAUUUGUCGCAUCCAUCGCAAGACACGACUAGUUUAUUUUUUGUACAUAGUUGUUUUGUUUAUUUAUUUACCUAAUUCUCAUUCUCUUUUUCUAAAUUGAUCUUUUAAUGAUAAUAUUAUUUUAGUAUGAAUUUGUAAAUUCUAUUUUUUAAACUUUAGGUUCAUAGUGUGUUAAAUGCCAUGGAUAUGACAAACGGCAAGGUAAUUUUCACGGUGAUAUUUUUCGAUAUAAUGUUAGAUAUUAUCAAAGCGUGCGUGCUGCCAAAGAAUUCGUUUUGCCAAAACUAAUGAGUACCGUUAGAUAGUCGCAUUAUUUGAUAAUAUCUGAGGUGGAAACGUUAUUGUAGGGCAAAACGUAUCUGGUCAAAAUAUGGUUAAACGAUUGAAAUCUCUAGAUAUACAAACACGUACUUUCUAUUAUAUUCGCUUUAGGGUAGGCUUAAGGACGUGUGUUGGAUGAAAACGCGCAAAGAUACAGACGUGUGUUAUGUAUCUGUGUACCGAUAAUUCGCCAAAUCGUUAUCUUAGCGAUAGUGUUGUUGCGAAUAUUUUGUUAAAAAAAUAUUUUUGCACGUUUUCAUCGACACAUGCAUCUACAUAUAUAUUUUAACACAUCACAUAUCUAAUCUACUCAUUAGCUAAUCUUUUAUACUGUGCGUUUGGUGGACCAGGAAGUUUUUUAUAAAUUAAACCGGCGCCCUGUUUUUGCUUAGCUUGUUAGACCUGACCUAUGUAUUCGACCUGACCACUUAUUUUGACUACAUUUAAUAGACUUUUUUUUGGCCAUCCGGCGACGCCAUUUGACUGAAUAUAAUAUUGUUUUGAAACUGAAGGCAGAUGAUAAGAUGCGGCGUAACUUAGUCGCAUAUUUAACACAUCUAAAUCGGGUUCUAAUAAGUUACAACGGUGCUUCGCCUAUAAUGCGUGAGAACGUCGCGUCUUCCUUCACCGCACUCCGCCUUACGGUUUGUACUUUAAUUUUAACACUGUUGCUAUGUUUUUGUAUUUUAGAUGUUUAUUUUUUAUAACUAUUCUAUUGCAUACGUAAUUUGUUCUCAUGAUUUUUGAAAUAAAAAUAAAUUUGAGAAAUUGCCAGUACUUUAAACAAAAAGAUGAGUUACUGCCAAUGAGUAGGAUUACUAACCUAUCAAGUCAUAAUUAGUUAAUUACAGAAAUAACCCUUAUCCUAAUGCAUUUAAGGCUAAUCCUACACUGGCCUUGACAUAACGUAUCUCUCAAAUUCAAUUUUCAAUGUUUUGCUUUGGUUGUGUUAUAAUUAUUGUAUU